AUGCAGUUCUCUCUGACCGCUAUCACUCUUGCCCUCGCCUCUGUGGCUGUCGCUUUGCCUUCCCAGGCCGGCCUUGAGAGCCAGGGCUCCGACAUUCGCUGGAAGGUCCCCGCGGGCAUGACCGUCCUGGAGGCCCAGUCCAAGUGCGGUGACCAGGCCCAGCUCUCUUGCUGCAACAAGGCCAUCUACGCCGCUGACACCACCGAUAUCAACUCGGGCCUUGGCGGCGGUCUCCUUUCCAACCUGAUGGGUAGCGGCUCCGGUGCUGAGGGUGCUGGUAUCUUCGACCAGUGCACAAAGCUGAAUGCCCAUAUCCCCGUCGUGGCCGGUAUCCCCAUCCAGGACUUGCUCAACCAGCAGUGCAAGCAGAACAUCGCCUGCUGUGCCAAUUCCCCUCCACCGCCUCCCACGACGUGCUCGGUGCUGCCCUUCCCUGUAUUGCCUCGGCUCCUUCCUGAGCUACAACUGAGGAAAGGUCCCUUGCUUCUUUGUCUCGCUGUGCUUUGA